AUGUCGUCUCCCGUGUUUGCGGUGAACAAACAAUCCUCGGUAACAGAGGCCACCAGCGCGUCUUCUUCCACCGUCGCGAGCACCACUACCACCCUGACGCCUGUCAGCAGUACGUGCUCGGUAUGUUCGGUGUCUGCGGCGACCAGGGCGGUGGCUCCCUCACAGGCAGCUCAAUACGGCUUGGAUCCGUCGGUUGUGGGGGCCCGCGUGUGUGAGGGUUGUCACUGCCGGUGUGUGAGAGCUCGCCGGAGCAGGUGCACGGUACCAUCCUGUGCUGGACCGAGAGUCAAGCGACUGAGACACCUACCGCCACGCUGGCACGACCUGCCGCUAGAUCUGAAGAGACCUAUCAUGGAUGAAUUCCAGAUACCGAGCGAUCUCAGCAAGUGCUGUCUGACCUGUUUCAAAAGGAUUACACGUCGUUUGGACACGAUAGGAGAGGGCGGAUCUGCCCCGGAACCGACCGAAGAUGAAGCGGCGAGGUUCAGAGCUCUUCUGAGGGAGCACGGCACGGCCUGGGAGAGGAUGUCCACGGCUAGCGGAAGGACGCCGGCCAGCCUGAAGGCGUUCUACUUCACGUACAGGAAGAAACUGCAACUAGAUACUUUGAUAAGCGAGAGGAAUCCGACCAGAGGCAGCGACACGGACGACAGUAUCCUGAGCUCGGGAGACACGGACACCGCGAGCGCCGAGUCUCCCCGCCCGCCGCCGCUCCCAGGCCCCCGGACCGACGCCGUGGCGCCCCGCAGACACAGGAGAGACGAGUAUGAUUCAUCGGCCACAGAGACGGCCGACGAGGAGAACGACGCACCCAGUACUAAGAGUGUGAACGCAGUAUCAGUUACCACUGGGGUGACGACGGUGCCGCCGGGGGUGACGGUGACAGGAGUGUCGGGCACUACGACUGUGGCUGGGGUCACCGGGGUCACUGGGGUCUCCACGACUGGAGCGGGAAGUAACGGCUCCGGGCCUCUGACGGUCCGCGACGUGGUCCUCAACAUGAUCGAGGUCAGCCUCAUGAAGAAUGCGCGCCCGCCACCGCUGCCGCACACACACUCUAUGCACCAGGCGCCCAAGGUAUCUUCUGGUCACGAGUCCCUAGCCACUCUGACGGUAGUGAGCGGUGCUGGUCACGAGCACUCCCCGCGGUCUCCACAGCGCGCCACCAUCACGCCGCUGGCGGACAAGGACCUCAUGGUGCUGCAUAUAGAGCCACGCGCACCCGAGUCACUGCUCGAUCUCAGCGUCAAGAGACCACGACAUGACCCGCCGAAACCGCAACAAGCGCACCGGAACACUGAAUACUCGCCGUACCGAGCCCAGGAGCGUGAAUCUCCGACGCAGUACAAUUCCAAGCCGAAGCCGGUCGCGUCCCCCAGACAGGCUCUCAAGUUGCCAACCAACCAAAAAGGUUCUAUCACACUGGGAACCCCAGUCGAGUCUCGUUUCGAGACGCAGCGCAUGCAGUCUGACCCCAAGACCGGUUCUAUAACUGCCGGCACCCCGGUCCAUGCGCCACACCAUCUCCCGGAGAAGAGGAACUUCGAUUACUACAAGAGGAGGAGCCCGGGGGGAGCAUACGCAUACUCGGCCGCCUCCAGCCAGCCUCGGCCGCAGUCACCGUCCUUCUCAAACCAGCCGAGUACGGGCGCGGUGUCUCGAGGUCCGUACGGUCACGAGCGGCGGCAGAUCAUGCUGACGGACUUUAUCACGUCGCAGCAGAUGCACGGUGGGGCCAGACGCAGCGAGCAGCCCCACGCUCAGCACGGACAGCACGCGCAGCACGCACAGCACGCGCAGCACGGACAGCUCGUCCACCGGCGGGACAGAGACAGUGUGUCCGUUAUACAGAGACAUACACACACGUACUCACAUCCACCGCCCGGUCACGAGGCGUUCACGUCUCUCGUGAACGCGGCGUCAGCGGCGCCCGCCCUCCCCGUCCCCCGGAGGGAGGAACCUGCGUCGCCGCCCGUACACCACCAGCAGCAUCACCAGCACCACCAGCACCAGCAGCACCAUCAACAACACGAACAGAUCCGGGGACCCCGGGAAUUUGCUAUGGCUCAAAAAUACGCACAGUACUCGACGGAUAGACGAGCUCCGCCCAGAGACAGUCGGGAGCGCAUGGUACCUAUCCAAGAACGCCAUUACGUGAUCGAGCAACAUAACCCACACAACCCUCACGGGCAGCACAACCAGCAGCAGCAGCAACAGCAGCAUCAUCAACAUCAACAGCAACAGCAACAGAUGAUGAUUGACAGACACCACUUAAACCAUGGCCAGCAGAACGUAUCCUCGAGCGAGGAGCGUCGGUCGAGUAGUGGCAAUUAUAAUACGACUAACAAGAGGCAGAUACAUCCCAUGGAAAGGAAAGAAUGUCGGCCAACUGUGAGUGUUACGAGCGUCCCCAUCAUGAGCACGGUCGUCAGCACACCCACUAGCGUGUGCGUGAGUUCUGGCGUGGGCGCCGGUGUUGGCGUGAGCGCGGGCGUGGGCACAGGCGGGGCCGCGGCGGACCGCGCACGGCCAGGAGACGGCACGCUCACGGCCGCCUCGCUCAUCAACGCCAUUAUCACGCACCAGAUAAACCAAUCCAGUGAUCAACGAUUUCCACCAAAGAUAAUACGUGAAAAUGAAACUUCUCAGCAGCCCGAGCUCCCGAGAGACCUGCCUCGAGACAUGCCCCGCGAGCUGCCCCGGGAGCUGCCCCGCGAACUGUCCCGGGACAUGCCUCGUGACGGAGAGAGGGAGGAGCCGCCGGGACACACGACUAGCAUCAAACUCGGCGAUCUCGCUUCCAACAUCAUAGUCAGAGACUUCAGCAGCCCGAACACCACUGCACUCAUGCACCAUAAUACCAAUAAUCGUUUUGCCGUGUCGAGUGCCGACUCGUACACCAGCGGCGGAGCGGGAGGAGGAGCGGCCGCCGGCGGAGGACAAGCAGAGGAGUGGAGGAGGGAGGCUCCCAAACACGCUCCCUACCUGGAGCCAGUGUCGCCUCCGGACAAUCAUCACUCAGGUCGCAGCUCGGCCGGUGGCGGGACCGGCGCGGGGGCAGGCGGUCGUCGGUACAGCGCGGUCGGCGUGGGCGUGGGCGGUGGGGUCCUCACGGCCUACGACUACGUAAAGACUCGCAUUGUGGAGGUGAUGCGGAGUGACUCGGACGAGCGCGCCAAGCCGCUCACCUUCCCCACGGCCUACGCGUACCCCUACUCGGCCCUGAACGUGGCGACGCCCACGGCUCCUCCGCCGGCCCAGGCCUCCGCCCAGCUGGACCCGCCGGCCGUGGCCGUGUCCGUGGGCGGCGGCCAGCCCGAGCCCGCUCCGCUCAUGUCUGCUCAGUACGAGCCGCUGUCGGACGAGGACUGA